GGAGACGAGGGGGCCGCCGGGCUUGGCCGCAGGAGGACUCUGACUGGCCGGAGCUUCGGCUCUCGUCCCUCCAGGCCGGCCCAGCGCCACUGCGCCCAGGCACGGCCGGAGAAAAGGCACCGCGAGCGCCUCCUCCGAGGGAGGGAGGGAAGGAAGGAAGGAAGGAGCCGCCGGAGCAGCAGCCGCGGAGUCUGCACGGGCGGCUCGCGAGGGCCCACCGGGAUUCUCGGCCAAAGAGGUCGCGCAAGGAAGGCGGCGGCGGCUCAUACGGACCAUAAAGCGCUCCUCCCUCCCUCCCUCCCUCCCUCCCUGGACUCUGGGUGGCAAAAGCCCCCCCGCCGCCCGCCCCCCCCGCCGCCGCCCGGGCCGCUCGCGCAGCCGCCUUCCUUCCGGGACCCUUUUCCGGGAGCGCCGCUGGAGGGCCCGCCGGCCGGAAGAGGGGCGUUCCUGGGGCAGCCGCUGUUCCGGCGGCCAGGAUGGCGGCGGCGUUGGCGGCGGCGGGGGGGAGCAAGUGGGUCCGGCUGAACGUGGGCGGCACGUGCUUCCUGACCACCCGGCAGACGCUCUGCAGGGACCCCAAGAGCUUCCUCUUCCGCCUCUGCCAGGCCGACCCCGACCUCGACUCCGACAAGGAUGAAACAGGUGCCUAUUUGAUAGACCGGGAUCCAACCUACUUUGGACCAGUGUUGAACUAUCUCCGACAUGGGAAGCUGGUGAUCAACAAAGACCUCGCCGAGGAAGGUGUGCUUGAAGAAGCUGAAUUUUACAACAUCACCUCCUUAAUAAAGCUCGUGAAGGACAAAAUCAGGGAGAGGGACGGCAAAGUCUCACAGUUGCCAGCCAAGCAUGUUUACAGGGUCCUGCAGUGCCAGGAAGAGGAACUGACCCAGAUGGUCUCCACCAUGUCUGAUGGCUGGAAAUUUGAGCAGCUUGUCAGCAUCGGCUCCUCCUACAAUUAUGGAAAUGAAGACCAGGCGGAAUUCCUGUGUGUUGUCUCCAAGGAGCUGCACAACACUCUUUCCGGGACUGCCAGCGAGCCCAGCGAGAAAGCCAAAAGCGAAGACGAGGAGACGGAUUGGGAGAUGCAUGACUCAGAUUAAGGGGGAAUAUGCCAAUGAUCUUGCAGGAACGUGGUUCGAGGAUGUAACAUCCCAGUAUUGGAUGCUGAAGACCGCCCCUAUGAAGAGGCAUGGCUGGCAGGGAGGGAGGGAGAGUCGUUUCGUCAGACUUUUUCACUGAGGUGGAUGUUGUCCCAUGCAUACAGUUGGUGCAAAUGUUGGUGCCAGUGUGGGGGAUCUUGGGCCUUGCUGCCCAAAGGGUGUUGUUGGCUCUUGGGCCAGCUUGGGGGCCUGUUGUGUUCUGAGCAGUCUGAGUCCCCUGCAAAGAAGUAUGUGUCGUCGUCCCCCCACCUCUCAACUCUUCUGCAUAGUGACUGGAGGAAGCAAUUUGGGUUGUGACCCUUGCAGGGCGAUGGAAGGGUCCCCUACUUGGUGCUACAUCCCACUCGCAGCCCAGGCAAGCAAGGUCCAGUGGCUGGAAUUCUGCACAGCGCACCCAGGCAAGAAGGGCUGUCGACAGAAGGGCAUGCAUCUUCCCCCCACAACAGGAAGAGUUGGCCUGGGAAGAAACUGUUUGCCUGAUUCUCCAGAAAUAGCUUUUCUCUAUUAGUAUUGUGGAUGUUCAACUGCAUUUACUGUGGAUGUUCAACUGCAUUUGUAGCUACAUUUUAAGACUGACGGUCCCUUUUCAAAAGAGCACUGCAAUUUUCUGCACUCUGCCCCCCACUCCUGAUCUACUCUUCCAUUCAAGUGGUGUUCAGAAACGGCUGCAAGAAUUCAUGCCCUCCUGGACUGUGGUUUGUCUCUGCUGGGUGUGUUCUGACUGUGGGGCAGAGCCGUCCCAGGCAGCCUGGCCUACUGUGCCAUCCAAAAAGGAAUGCAUUCUGGCGUGUCUUUAUAUCUGAUGUUUACAGUCAUUUCUAUAAUCUCUUAUCUAUGCAGGACUAUCUGAAGUUUUGGCAAAAAGUGCCCAAAGCACUUUGGGUGUUUUCAUGGAACAAGACUUGGGGUCACUGUGAACAGAAGCAGUGGUCUUGGGUGCCGUGUUUAGAUGGAACCCUUUCAUUCAGGUUUCCACAGACUUCAGCUCUUAUGUUGCUCUGACAUGCACUAGCUGAAGGAGUCCAAGUUUCUCGGAGGCCCUCUCACUCUCUGAGUGUACUUUGAACAGUUUCAUUAAAUAAUUUACAGGA